AUAUUUACAGUAUUACUUCUGAAGUGCUUCAAACUCCAUGAUGCAUGCGGUCGAGCAGAGUACAGAAUAGGUGAUGAGUGCUGUCCUAUGUGUUCUCCUGGUAAGAUAUACCUUCAUAUAAGGGUGUGAGGUAAUAUCAGUUCUGGAUUGUGUUAAAAUGAAGAGUGAAAUCCGAUCAAUUUAUGCAAAACACCCAAGGAAUUACAGAAAUAGUUCCGAACAACACUCAUUGUAUUUGUCUGUGGCCUAGAUUAGAGGAGCAACUAUGGUAUGCAUUGCUUUGAUGUGUAUGAAGGAUGCACUAAUGCCCCAAUUUGUUGAGGGACGCACUUGUGGACACAUUAAUGGACUAUUUAUAUGUUACACAGAGAGUCAGGACUCAGCCCUGAGUGUCUCUGAAAUCUCAACUAGUCCAUCAAAGUUUUUCUGAAAUAUCUGAUGAUCAUCUUGAUUGACUAAGUGCUUAUGUUUUGAUCAUUUCCCCGUCAGGAAACCAUGUACACAAGCACUGCACUGAGUUCACCAGUACAUCCUGUGUACCCUGUAUUGACUCCACGUUCCUUUGUGAACCAAAUGGUCUCAUGAGAUGUGAACCGUGUACCAUCUGUGACUCAGGUCAGUAAAGCCAGACAUAAAACACGUGUUUUCAAUGUGAUGUGUGAAUAAAAACAGCACAUCGUAGCCUUAUAAUACACACCAUGUGUUUUUCCAUAGGUUUGGGUUUGAAGGUAAAGCAGCCAUGUAGACCUUCAUCAAACACUGUCUGUGGGACACUGGAGGGGUUCUACUGUCUAGACCCAACUAAGGAUGGUUGUAGAGCAGCCCAGAGAUACAGCAGCUGUAAACCUGGUCAAUACAUCAGCCACACAGGUUGGUCUCCUCUCAAGUAUUCAACAUGAUUUUGUCAUGAUUUCUAGUGUGCCAAGGUACUCUACUGAAUUAAAAGUAGCUGAUCGUUUGAUUGAUUGAUUGAAAUCAUUGGACAAUUAAAAUUAAGUCAAGAUGAGUACAUGGGGAAAGUUUAAGUACAAUGUUUACAAGUUUGUUUUGGGAAGUAUAGUUUUUUAUUUAUGUUUAAACCUCCAUUUAUGCAGGAACAACAUCUACAGAUACUGUGUGUUCUGACUGUACUGGUGAUACUUAUUCAGAUGGAUCAUUAACAGCCUGCCAGUCACACACUGGGUAAGUGUGGCUUACACAAAUAGUUUUCCCCCUAAAUACAAAGUUACCUAACACAAAUCUAAAACUGAAAGAUGUAUGACCAAGUUAUAAAUGAAUCAGUAAUGGCCAGUAUUUAUCUGUUUAUAGAUGUGAAUCCUUGGGACUUCAGGAAAUGAAACCAGGAUCUCCUUGGUCGGAUUCAGAGUGUGGACCACAACUAUCCCAUUCCACAGCUAG